AUGACGGAGAGUAACUAUAGCUCUAGAACGAGUGGUAGCUCUACUGUUGCUGAAAGACGAUAUGAAAAACAACUAGAACUUCUGUGGGGGCCGGAAAUGCUCAGUGCAACCACAGCGGAGGAACGAGCCACAAUCUUUCAGCAGCUUUACUAUGGUUGGAUAGGUGAUUUUAUUAAUAAGGCGCUAAAAGAGGAACUCACGGAAUCUGAAUUGCCACCACCAACACGUCAACUACGCACCUACAAUGUUGGACGCAAACUCUCCAGAGAGGUACGUAAGGAUAUUCGGAAGAAACAUUCCUGGGAUCCUUUUAUAGGUGCAGAGGUCCGUUAUCGUGGUGACCCAAGAACACUUGGGUAUCUGCGUUGGAUUGGUUACCUACGUCAGUCGGAUAGACCACACUCACUUCUGGCUGGUGUUGAAUGGGAAGUUCCUCCUCUUCACAGAGUUGGUGAUGAUAACGCCAUGUUACUACACGAUGGUGUGGUGCAUGGUGAGAGACUCUUCCUGCCAAUACGCCGAUGUUGCUCUUCCUGUGAACCGGUUGAGAUGAUUAAAUUGAUGGUAGAGCCCAGUAGUUGGAAUCAUUCUAAUAGCAGUAGCCGUGGUAAUAAUAAUAAUAAUAAUAAUAAUAAUAAUAAUAAUAAUAUUGUUACGGAUGUUGCUUCUGCUGUUUCUCCUACUGUACCUACACCUGUAGCACCAAAUGUCCUGUGGUCGCUUAUUAGAGCGCAUGCAUAUCAUAUGUGGAUACAAAUUCCAAAUAAACUACUAGCAGACCUCUGUUCUGCUCUUACUCCUGUUAUUUUAGAACGUUACGUGGCUCAUCUUGAGUCAGAUAAAGCCUCGUGGUUGGAAAGUGCUGGUCUCGUCCUUGCCGUAUUCGUUGUGAGUGUUGUUCAUAGCUGUGCCGGUCAUAAGUAUGACCAUAUGAGCAUUCGUGCCGCUUCUAUAUUUGAAAACUCUGCGCUAGCAGUACUUUUUGAAAAAUGUCUAACUAUUUCUGAGAAGUCCCUUAUUUUACCUGAAAUGAACAUUGGUCGAAUCAUGAAUAUGGCAAGCAGUGAUGUGAGUGACAUUGGUGACCUCAACUGGUAUGUGGUUUACUUUUUAAGUUCACCAUUAUUGCUUUUAGUAUCUAUUCUACUUUUAUACCGACUUGUUGGCUGGUCUGCAUUCGUUGGUAUAUCUGUGUUAUUUGUGUCUUUUCCAGUUCAAGGUAUUUUUUCACGAUGGCAGUCUUCCAUACGGAAAAAGAUGGCGACAAUUGUAGACAAUCGUGUACGAGCUACUAAUGAACUCUUUUCUGGUAUCCGUAUUGUGAAAUUUAUGACUUGGGAACCUUUUUUUCUAGCAGAAAUUGAACGAGCACGAGAAAAAGAGGUAGAGUGUUUAAAGUAUAUACAGUAUACAGAAGUAGGACUAGCAUUACUUAAUGGUGCCACACCAACACUCGUUAUUGCAGUAGUAUUUCUCUCAUAUUACCUUAGCGGUCAUGAACUCACUCCUACUAUUGUAUUUCCAACCAUAGCACUAUUAAAUAUUUUACGUAUUCCAUUCUAUAUGAUUCCCGUUAUUGUUUCUGCAAUUUUACAGUGUCUCGUUUCAGCGCGACGUCUCACUAUAUUUCUUGAAUGUGAAAAUAGCCAUUCUGAUGUGCAUAACGUAUUACGAAUGUUUUCUUCUGGAGUAGAUGCUGCUUUUGAUGAGGUAACAGUAUCAACUUUUACACCGAAACCACUUCCAAAGUGUCAAACGAGGACUUCAGGGACAAUAAGGAAAAUUUUUGCUUUACUUCGAACUCGAAAGUUUCCAGAGAACGAAUGGAGGCUAUUGCCGUGUAGCGAUGAAACUACCGCUUCUGCGACAAAUAGUCUCAAUGACAAUAAUAAUAAUAAUAAUAAUAAUAAUAAUAAUAAUAAUAAUAAUAAUAAUAGUAAUAAUAAUAAUAAUAAUAAGGAUAAUAAUAAUAAAGAGGAAUCAGAGAAAGAGGUAGGAACUGAUGAAAACGCUGAUUUUCAUCAAUUAUUACCAAAGGAACUCCUCGUAGAUGUCAAUCUUGUGAUUCCUAAAGGCAAAUUAACUAUAGUGGUUGGCACAACAGGAAGUGGUAAAACCACCUUGCUGUCAACACUAUUAGGUGGAUAUGAAGUAACCCAUGGUCGGGUGUGGGCUACACGCAGCAUUGCAUACGUACCACAACAACCAUGGAUUAUGAAUGCGACACUGCGAGAGAAUAUACUCUUCUUUUCCCCAGAGGAUGCGAAUAGG